AUGAGCAGCACGCAUCUCCUUCUCGAGUCCCUCGGUCGGCAUGAUAGCCACACGUCGCACCAUCGUCCGAAGCGCCAUCACACGCCGUACCUGGACGUCAUGACUGUGCAAUCGCGCCAGUACAUUAGCCACGUCGACGACAUGGCCGGCGCAAAGGACCAAGCCCACUCGCAGCUUCUCGUUGAGCCGAUUCACAUUCCCGACUUGAAACACACGGGAAUCGCUCCAUUAGCGUCCCACACGAUGUCGGCGCCAAUGUUUUACCCGAACGGGGCAAAGAACGUACACUUGCGUCACGUUGUCCAGGACUCGCUGGCCCAUGUCACCACCUGCCCGCAGCUCCGUGCGCCGCAGCUACCCACCCCCAACACGGCCACAGUCACUCUCGAGUCCUCCACCGAGUCCAUCUCGAGCGGCAUGCAGAUGACGUCGCCGUGUAAGCGCAGCAUCGAAAAACACACCAAGAAGCCCACCACCACCCGCCUCCAUCGGUCCAUCCACGAUCGACCCAACCACAAGGACACCCAGCAACUCUUGCACACCGUGCGGCACAACACGACCAAGAUCGCAGCGCUGGUCAACCCCCACUCCACGUAG